AUGCUGAGUCUUAGGGAACAGGCCGCUGAGCUGGAGCGGAAGAAAGUUAGAGAUUAUGACCCCGAAGACGAUGCCUACCUACAUCCGAGUGAGGACGAGAAGUCUGAAAACGAAGGAGACCGGCAUGAUGAUUUCAGCCGAGCACACUACGAAACAGUGGGAAAGAGCUUACUGAGACUGCCAGAAGCGCCACCGCUAGACGCAAAGUAUGAGGGCGUAGCGGUGAGUCGCAUGACGUUCCAAGACCCAGAGGACUUUGAUGCCCUUGCGUUCGACGAAGUAGAGGAGAAAGACUACUUCGCUCCCAGGGAUGUGGAUGUGUCUGGCUCUGAAGGCGUCCCGGAAGAGAACGACAACCUGCUAGGGUCAGACGUGGAUUACGAUGAAGACUUUGAAAGAGACAAAACACUCCGUCACGGCCUCGCAAAACCCUUCCAGGGCCUUGCCAUCCAGCACAGCAAAGUGGAGGCACAAAAGGCUGUUGAUGGAGAAGACUCGCAGGAUGAGGUGAAGGCUGAUGAAUCAGAUCUGUCAACGGAUCACUCUCUCGACGCAUCCGAUGCCUAUACCGACGAAGACGACGACGACGACGCCUCCAUAUCCUCAGUCGCCUCACCAGCUCCACCACAAGAUGGAAAAUCCUCUCGGAGCGCGGAACGGGAAGAAUUGAGGAGAGCUGCAUUCGACUCUGUAUCAACAGCAGCACUCGCAUCCGUCCUGUCAGCCGGAGCCGCUGCCGACGUGCAAAAGGGCCGCGCAGUCAAGCAACAACGCCAAACCUUUGAUCGCCUCCUCGAUGCCAGGAUCAAGUUACAGAAGGGCAUCACGGCUAUGAACGAGCUGCCUCGAUCCUUUGUCGACGAAGAGGAAGUCAAGGCCGCGGCGCAACAAGCUGAAGAUGCCGCGCUGGCGUUAUGGUCGACUAUCGACUCUAUUCGCAGCGCCAUUCUUUCUGCCCGAGAAGGGCCUGGAUCUGAUGACCAGAUCAAGGAGAAGAAGACGCCAAAGAGAAAACGACCACUCAACCCGACAGGUACAACCCCUCUCUCGGAGAUCUGGGAGUGCUACACCUCCCUCGAAGCGCUCGCUCACACGCACCGCCGCAGCGUGAUCGACAAAUGGCAUGCAAAAACACAGCCAGUGGUCGAUCCCGCCCCCCGCUCCAAAUUGCUCCAACCCUCACGGUCGUCCGCUGCUUCGCGCCUCACGGACGUGCUCGACACCUAUCUUGCGACCGAGUCCGCCAAACUCAUCGCCCAGUCCUACUCGCCGGAGACUCAGACCUACGACGAUGGCCCAUUCUAUCAAGCCCUCCUGCGCGAUCUGAUCGCCUCGCGCUCUUCCAGUGCCGACGCCGAUGGCGCUGGCGGCAUCACGUCGGUGCUGCCCACCAAACUCCACGUAUCGGGCAGCAAACACAAAAGGGUCGACACCAAGGCCAGCAAAGGCCGCAAGGUCCGAUACACGGUGCACGAGAAGUUAGAGAACUUCAUGGCCCCCGAGGACCGCACGACGUGGAGUGGGCCGGCCAGGGCCGAGUUCUUUGGCAGUCUUCUGGGCCGGACCGGAGCGUUGGAUGAGCAGGAGAAAGUACGCGGUGACUCGGAAGGAACGGACGGUAUAGAUGUAGACGACGAUACCGGGGAGGGCGACGCAUUGAGGCUUUUCAGGAGAUGA